AUGGGUGUGGGAGUGCUAAUUAGAGACGAAAAGGGACGAGUAAUAGCCGCCCAAAGCAAAACUAUCCAUGCCAUCUAUGACCCAACAACUGCAGAGGCCCUGGGGGCGUUAAUGGCUGUGGAGCUCAGUAGAGACUUGGCGGUUUUUGAUAUUUUGUUAGAAGGAGACUCGUCGAAUGUGGUCCAAGCCUUAAAGGAGAAGCGUCCAAAUUGGAGCCAUUAUGGACAGAUAAUUGAGGAUGCUCACUUAUUACUCCAGAUGAUGGGAAGUUGGGACAUUGGCCAUGUGAAGAGAGAGGUAAAUGCAGCUGCACAUACCCUUGCAAAAGAGGCAUUCAGAUCACCCAUUGAGAAAGUAUGGAUUGAGGAGACACCUACCUGUAUUUCUCAUAUUGUUAAUUUAGCGCUUAUCGCUCUUUCUUUGUAG